AUGGCGCUGGAACGGCGGAUGAAGAAAGAGAAGGAAAUUGUAGGAGAAUUUGACAGUCAUAUGAGAGAUGAUUAUGAGGUUUCACUGAUGAAAUACGUUGUUAAGCCUAUAUGUUCAACUUUAAAUUAUCAUACACAUACAUUUGGCAAGCAAUAUAAUGUAUGCAUAUUUUUAGUUUUAAUCAUGAUAGUUAUUGUAAAUACACAUCUAAAUUUCAUUGUGAGAAACUUGACCAGCUUGAAAGGUUUUCAUGUGAAUAACCUUGGUAGACUAGUAUCUGUUCUGUUGAUAUCAUUGACAGUGGAGAGAUAG